ACGUGGGAAAGCACAUAUAACCUCGUCUAUACUAAGAUCACAUGUGUGUUUCACUUCGUGCUGUCUGUUCUGAUUAAAAUAAAAUUAUGGGGAAAGCAAAGAGAAUUAAAGUAUCUGCAGGAGAGAAAAGAAAAACGAAAGUAGGUUUAGCUGACCAAAUAGAAGCGGACAAAUCUGUUACAGCGAAAAAUAGACAGAAGAUCAGAAAUCGCAAUGACGACGACGAAGAGUAUGUCGAUCCUACGCUUACAAAAAAGAUAUUACUACAAGCAAGACGACAACAAAUGGAAAUGGAAGAAGAGAAUGAAGAGGGUCGGGUUUCGGGUUCUGUAAAAAAGCCAUUGACAAAACUUGGAAUUGAAUUUAGUGAUAAUGAAGAUGAGUCCAGUGAAGAUGAUGUACAAGGGACUCACUAUUAUGAAAACAUAGAAAUUAGCGAAGAAGACGAACGUGCAUUAGAAAAAUUUAUGGCUAAAGAUCCGGUACCGAUGAGAACGUUAGCUGAUAUUAUAAUGGAGAAAUUAACAGAGAAAAAGACAGAGAUAGAAACGCAAUUUUCUGACGCAGGUACCAUGCAAAUGCAAGAAUUAGAUCCAAAAGUUAAAGUAAUGUAUCAAGGAGUUAGAGACGUAUUAAGUAAAUAUCGUAGUGGUAAAUUGCCAAAGGCUUUUAAGAUUAUUCCAAGUUUAAGGAAUUGGGAACAGAUUCUUUACAUAACAGAACCACCAAGAUGGUCUGCUGCAGCUAUGUAUCAAGCUACAAGAAUAUUUGCCUCUAAUCUUAAAGACAAAAUGGCACAAAGAUUUUAUAACCUCGUUCUAUUACCGCGUAUUAGGGAUGAUCUAGCUGAAUAUAAAAGACUCAAUUUUCAUUUAUAUCAAGCAUUAAGAAAAGCUUUGUUUAAGCCUGCUGGCUUUAUGAAAGGAAUUUUACUUCCUCUUUUAGAAUCUGGUACAUGUACGCUUAGAGAAGCCGUUAUUAUUGGUUCGGUAAUAGCAAAAAAUUCUAUUCCAAUUUUACAUUCGUCUGCGGCAAUAUUAAAAAUUGCAGAGAUGGACUAUACCGGUGCAAAUAGUAUAUUUCUGAGAAUAUUUUUAGACAAAAAAUAUGCGCUUCCAUACAGGGUGAUAGAUGGUGUUGUUUUUCACUUUUUAAGAUUUGAAAGGGAUACAAGAGAAUUGCCAGUACUAUGGCAUCAAGCUUUUUUAACCUUUGUACAGCGUUACAAAUGUGAUAUAAGUUCAGAACAAAAAGAAGCUUUGUUAAAAUUGUUAAAGAAACAGUCACAUCAUGUUAUUACACAUGAGAUACGAAGAGAAUUACAAAAUGCAAAAUGUAGAGAUGUAGAAAUGACUGAGCCUACAACAGAACCUAUGAAUGACAUUCAAACAGAACCCAUGUCAUGUCAGGAUUAGUUUAACAUUAAAAACGAUAUAAUAAAAAAAUGUAAAAAAAUAUUUUUAUAUAAUGAAGCUUAUAAGUAAUAUUACUUUUAUUAUUAUUUAUUUUUAAUUAUUAUGAAAUUUACUUAAACGAGUUAUAUUAAAUACUUAUAAACGUAUUUUUAAUUUUUUUUUUAAACAGUUAUUAUUUUGAAAAAUUUGUUAAUUCAUGACACUCUGUUAAAAAUAAUAUAUAUUUAAGCCUCUAGAAGUGUAAAAUAUAUACAAAAUUUAUCAGACUUUUGAUAAAUGUAAAAAAUAGCUUACAAAAUUUAAAACUUUUCUUUAGUAUAAUGAGUUUUUAUGAAAUGCCAUUGAGAAACGAUUAUUACAUGCUAUAGAUUAAAAGAUGUUUUUAAUUCAGAAUUGAUACUUGUUGAUUACAGAGCCUAUACAUUUAAAGUGGAAGGAGUUAUAUAAAGAUAUUGCUUUGUCUUGCAAUGUAUAUAUAUAUCUAUAUAUAUAUAUAUAUAUAUAUAU